UGAAUACAAAACUUCAAGUAAGUUUCCGACGCUAUAACUCUGCCAUCCCCUCCUAUUUAAGAGAACGACCGCACCACAUCAUAAAACAUUCCAUGGACGGGCUAUCUCUUGCAGAGUCUAUCCCAAGUAGCAAUGUCACAGUUAUUGACAUGGAGAAUGGCGAGUUUUUGGUGAAAAGCCAAAGUAGACUCGAAGAGAAGAAGAUGUACAAAGUCAUGUUUGGGACCAAGCAGCCAAGCUGUGAGUGCUUUGAUUGGGAGAGGCAACGGCUGCCAUGCAAACAUUUUUUUGCCGUAUUCCAGCACGUCCCGUCAUGGUCGUUCGAUAGACUUCCAAAAGAAUAUCGAGAUUCCCCAUUCUUCAGUGUCGAUAGAGAUGUGCUCUUAGCUGGUGAAAAGGAAGAAGACGACGGUAUUGCCGAUGGGAAAGUAGUCGACUCACCUCCAUGUGUGCAUGACGAGGUUCACGAUCUUCAGAAGCAAUCGUCGCAGUUUGAAAAUAUACCUCAAUCGACUUUACGACCCCGAACCCAUGCUGCAAAAUGUCGUGAACUAUUGGGUCAGAUAAAAAACCUGACCUACACUGCAGAGGCGUGGGAAGUUGGUGGGAGUUUAAGGCAAGUUCAGGAAAAGCUUGAAGAGUGUCUCGACCUUCUGCAGAAAACAGCCCCCAAGGAGGACGGUAUCAUUCUGGAAGCUCCUCUCCUGAAGUCUACUAUGAAAAAGAAUUCGCGCAGGAUGAAAAAAAAGAAAGUAGACUAUAAAAGGCUGCCAGUAUCUCAGAAGAAAAAUCCUUUCACUGGACGUGUAGGGGAAAGAGCAAACAACAUGAAAAGGGGGUAUAACGUCAGCUUAAACGAUAUAGAACGCCAGCCUGCCAAACAGCCGAAACUCGCACACAUCAAGAAUGCCAACUCAAGCGCCGAGGCUCAAGUAAACAUAAACCGCAGUGUGAACGUAAAUAACUCUAAUGGUUCAAAUUCAAACGCAAAUCAAACUGUAAAGGCAAGCACCCCUUACACACCAAACACGACCACAUGCAUCACCAGCACCGCAAACGCAAACACCAUCUCCUCCAUUAACACAACCUCGAGCACAACCGGCACUGCAAACACAUGCAUCAUCCUUACAGUAAACGCGACAACGAACACAAACCUGGCCCAGCAAAACAAAAAAGAUGAUGAAGUAGAAUUUGUAAAGACCUCUCACAGAAGCGCCACAAAGGCCGGUAAAUUCUAUCUCUCGGAACAGCACAUUAGCACCAUUUCAACUGGAGACUGGCUCACCGACCAUAUUGUAGGUGCAGCUCAGUCUGUUCUGAGGGAACAGUUCCCUCAUGCAAGAGGAUUGGAAAAUACAACUUUGGGGCCUAUUUUUAAUUUUUCUGUUCAAAAAGGCCAAUUUUCACAAAUCCUGAAUACUGGCAGCCGUCAUUGGGUGUUGGUAUCUACUGUAGGAUGCUUCACUCCUUCUGUAGUUUAUCUGUACGACAGCCUGUUUUUGGGAAGAAUUGCAGCUCUCGUGCAGAAACAGAUUGCAUCAAUUAUAUACGAGGAAGGAACCAGUUUUAAGGUCAUUGUACCAAAUGUGCAACACCAGAACAAUUCCAAUGACUGUGGAGUUUAUGCUAUUGCUUUUCUUGUUUCGCUACUACAUGGCCUCAAUCCUUCUAAUCUGACAUUUGACAGGAAGCUGAUAAGACAACAUCUUUUAAAGAGCCUGGAGAGUGGAUCAUUCGACCCCUUUCCCCUCUCUAAAGUACCCGAGUGUCGAGACAGAAGGCCACUUUUUGUUCAAGAGGUCUCGGUAAUGUGCGAGUAUAGAAUGCCGAGGGAAGAGUCAGACUCGAAGUCUCCUUCUCGUUGUGUGAAAUGUCGUAGCUGCAAGGAGUUUUUUCACAGGAAAUGCAUUUCAACAAUUAUUUUGGAAGAUUCAAGUGCAAACUAG